UUUUGACACUAAAUUUGACGUUUCUCUCGAAAUGCACAUCUGUCAGAUAUUUAAGGUUAUUUAAAUGUUAGCAAAAUUUUGUACGUUAGUUAAUUAAUUAAAUAUUUAUAAUGGCAGUGUGUAGUGAAUUUAUACAAAGCGAAUUCCCUUUAAUUGAUGACGACCUCAAGCAAUAUGUAGAAGAUGUCUUAAAAAAUGGGGCCGACGAGUUCGAGGACAGCGAAGAGAUCUACGAGGCUAUCGGGGAAGUUUUACAAGAAGUGUCAAGUGAUAAAACCGAAGAUGACAUAAGAACCAUAUGUGAUGAACUCCUACAUAUGCUUAAGCCUAGUAAAACGUCUUUAAGAAAUGGCCCACAAAGAGUUUUAAAUGCACCUGUACAUCUCGGAAGCAUGGCUGCAAAUUUGGAAAACGAGGUUGAUGAUAUAAAAAGUAUUUGGGUGAACCAUAGGGAUGACAAUUUAAAGGUCGAUGCGCGAAAAUUAGAGAAGGCGCAGGCUAAACUACAGGAAAAACAAGAUAAAAGAUCGAAGGAAAUCAAAACUAUAGCUCCACCUAAACUGGAGUCUGCUACAGCUUCUCAAGUGACCAGUCAAAAAGAACGCAAACUGGAAGCGAAAGGCACAAAUCGGACCCAAGACAUACGAAUCGAGAACUUCGACAUUGCUUAUGGGGACAGGGUUCUGAUCCAGGGCGCGGAUAUCUCUCUAGCCUUCGGCCGCAGGUACGGUUUGGUGGGGAGAAACGGUCUGGGAAAAAGUACGCUGCUUAGAAUGAUCUCCAACCAACAACUAAAAAUCCCUUCUCACAUUUCCAUUUUGCAUGUGGAACAAGAGGUUAUUGGCGACGAAACGAUAGCGCUGGAAAGUGUUUUGGAAUGUGAUAUAGUGAGAUCAGAGUUGAUUAAGAGGGAGAAGGAGAUUACUGCGGCAAUAAACGCGGGGUCUGCUGAUCCAGAGGUAAACACUCAGUUGAGUGAAGUGUACGCGCAACUGCAAAACAUUGAGGCCGAUAAGGCUCCAGCAAAAGCAAGUAUUAUUCUAAAUGGUUUGGGAUUUACUAGUGAUAUGCAAUCAAAAGCUACCAAGACAUUUUCUGGUGGAUGGAGGAUGCGUUUGGCGCUUGCUAGAGCGCUAUUUUCAAGGCCCGACCUGCUACUUCUCGACGAACCCACCAACAUGUUGGACAUCAAAGCCAUCAUCUGGCUGGAAAACUACCUGCAAAACUGGCCGACGACGCUGCUCGUGGUCUCUCACGACCGCAACUUCCUCGACACCGUGCCCACCGACAUCCUGCACUUGCACUCGCAGCGAAUCGAACCUUACCGAGGAAACUACGAGCAGUUCGAGAAGACGAAGAACGAGAAACUGAAGAACCAGCAGAGGGAGUACGAGGCGCAGAUGCAGCAGAGGCAGCACGUGCAGGAGUUCAUUGACAAGUUCAGGUAUAACGCUAACAGGGCGGCCCUGGUACAGUCCAAGAUAAAAAUGUUGGAAAAACUGCCGGAAUUAAAACCGAUUGUUAAAGAGUCUGAAGUCACGUUAAAAUUGCCGGACACCGAACCCUUAUCGCCGCCAAUCUUGCAACUGAACGAGAUCCUGUUCAGGUACAAUAAGGACAGAGUUAUCUUCACCAAUGUCAACCUGGGCGCCACCAUGGACUCUAGAAUAUGUAUCGUCGGUGAUAAUGGCGCGGGUAAAACCACCCUGCUGAAAAUAAUCAUGGGCAUCUUGUCUCCCACGGAGGGUAUGAGGCACGUGCACAGGAACCUCAAGUUCGGGUAUUUCAGCCAGCACCACGUUGACCAGCUAGACAUGAACGUCAACUCCGUCGAGCUUUUGCAGCAAGCCCAUAAAGGAAAACCCAUCGAAGAGUACAGGAGGCAGCUGGGAAGUUUUGGCGUUUCGGGCGAUUUGGCGUUGCAAACGGUGUCCAGUUUGUCAGGAGGGCAAAAAUCGCGGGUGGCGUUCGCCAGUAUGUGCAUGGGAAGGCCCAACUUCUUGGUUCUUGAUGAACCCACGAAUCAUUUGGACAUUGAAACGAUAGAGGCGCUGGGAAAAGCCAUCAACAAAUAUACGGGCGGUGUAAUUCUGGUUUCUCACGACGAACGAUUAAUUCGUAUGGUUUGCAAAGAACUGUGGGUCUGCGGGGAUGGAACCGUUAAGAGCAUAGAGGGUGGUUUCGAUGAAUAUAGGAAAAUUGUAGAAAAGGAACUUGAAGCUGCGGCUCAAGGCAAAUAACAAUAGAUAAUUUUAUAAUUGGAAAAUAUACCGCUUAACGUUUUAUAUCCGUCAAUAUGUAAGACGCAACAUUGACCAUUAUUAAGUAAUUGAAUUUAUUUAUUAAAUAUAUUGUACAACGUUUUUAAUAUUUUUUUUGUUUUUUUAGCAGCAUUAAUAAAGGUUUGGCUCUGUUAUUAUUUAAUAAAAGUAAGAUUUCUAAUGGUUCGUUCAUUUUAUAGAGAAAAUAUGUUAAGAAAAAUUACAAAAUAUUUUUCUUUACCUACUAUUAAUUUAAUGUGCCUGUUUUAUCGAAUUACUUAUUUAUGUUUUCUUAUAUUUAUACCACCAAUCAAAAACUAUUAUGUUCAUUCAAAAAAUUAAACAAAUAUCCUAAACU